ACUAUAUUACGCCGUAGAAUCGUGUUCUUAUUCAAUGUUCAGAUGCUAAUCUUGAUUCGGAGGGAAGAAGAGGUUCCGAAUUCACAUGCCCGUGAAAACCUUAGCUGACACUCCAGUACUCCUUUUUAACUUUGCCAUAUAUAACUCAGAAUACGUCCAUUCUUAUCUCAAAAGGAAAAGGCAUUCUGUGUGUGAAGAUUAAAACUCUCUCUUCCUGCAUUGCUUGGCCAUUGUAGGAUAAUUGUCUGGUUCCUAUAUAGAAAGGCUUGUGAUUUAAUUUACAGCAUGGCGACGAAGAUAAAAGGGAUCUACAAAAGUUUCAAAUUCAUUUCCCAAAUAUUUGUUGUGAAGGAACGUGAGAUGGAAAUCGGGCACCCUACCGAUGUUAAACACGUGGCUCACAUCGGAUGGGACAGCCCCUCCAUCACUGGACCAAGUUGGAUGAAUGAGUUCAGAACAUCGCCCAAUUUGGCAACGUCCUCUGACAACACUGGAGAACCAAGAGUUACCAAUCCUAUACCUCUCACCACCACAUGGUCCAACCAAGAUACGGAGGAGUCCAUAAGAAGCAAACCAACGUCAUUCAACAGCUCAUCUUCCCAUCAUCAUCGUAAUGCUUCGAAAAAGAACAAGAGUAGAAAAACCAAGUCAACCUCAUCUACUAGGUCUUCUUCAUCUUCGUCCUCAAUAAGACAGUCGAGAGAGUCCAAGUCAAAGCUCACGUUCAGUGAAGCAACACCAACAAUACAAGUCUAGACGUUAGGAUUGUAAAGAUAGGGUACUCAAAGUCUUCAUUAGGUAUAUGCAUGUUUUCAGUUUGUCCCAUAAAUAUAUAUAUGACGAGAGUGAACAUUUUUUACAGCUUAUUGGCACCACAUGAUUUAAUGUUAUUGAAGAACUGAUAGCAAAUAUUUAAGAAACCGAUCACCGAAAUCUUCUUGUGAUGUUGAUUGCAAGAACCAUAACUUAAUGGUCCACGCAACCACUUGAGGAAUGAAGUUGUAGUGGCCUCAUUCUGGCAUGCAUG